UUCAAAUGGUCGCUAAAGGAAAUGUUUUCAGCCCGAGACUACCUGUAUAUAAUUGGGUAUCAUAGAAUGGAUGGCCUCCCCUAGCGGUUUCAUGUAGAUUUUAAAAAGCAGCAGCAAAAGGCUUUUGUGCCGGGGCAUCCCAAAUGGCGGGGGCCAAGAUUCAGCCCCUCUUCUCCUCCCCGCACCAACUGAACCGGCUGUGAAAUGUCUCCCAUUUCCAGUCCCCAAAACCAGUCCAGAAGGAUGUCAUGGUCGAUGGUAUUGAAACUUGAUUAGAGGUCUAGGAGGAACAAAAUGGUCGUAUCCCUCUAUCCCAAGGCCUCCAAAAGUCCAUGAGAAUUGCAACCAGUGCCAUUUUGUUGCUGUGCCCUAGACUGAACCCAGACCGAGAAGGGCCCAAGUGUCUUUCUCCUGCACAGCCCUUUCUCCAGGUGGCAAAAAUCAGACCUGCAAUCGGGGCGAGUUGAAAUUCCAGGCUGCCAACCUUUCAUUGCCCUCUUCAGCUGUGCUUAGAAAAGGUCUUACUCUGUAGCAAUGCCUUGAAAUCCUCUGCCAGGAAAACCUGUCAUGAUUUUCUUAUGCACAGCAAACUGCUGUUGAAGGUAUGAAGCUGGCCAGGAUGCCAACUGUCCAGAAGGGGGGAAAUGACUCUUCCAGCCCUCUCCUGAGCUUGGAAAAGAAAUAUAGGUAGUUAUUCAGUUGUGACAGCAAUUGGCGCCCAAAUUUCCAUUGCUUAGCAGGGGUGGGGCACCAGUAGGAAAUAUGGUGCUUGUUAGCUAAACAUGGAAGUAAAAGAAAAUAAAAUCAUAUAAGACACAAGAGAUCAAGCUUCAGUCUUUCACCUUCCCUAAACUGCAGAGGCAAAUUUCGAGUUAUCUUGUACUCCACCUCUCCAGAGGGAAAAGCGGCUUGAACAAAGGGAGGUGCAUUUUCCCACUUCCUAUUGGCACACGAUUUCCUUUGGUUUGGUUGCCGCUUCUUUGCAAACGAAAAGCUGUGGGAUAGAUCCUCAGGGAGAAAAGCUAUGGAUGUGGCUCGGUGGGAGUUGAAUACGACUCGAUGGCACAGAAGGAAGCCCGGAAUCCAUGAGAACGUCUUGCAAACGGACGAGCGUGGUUUUCUCGCCUUCUGUCGCUAGAUGGCGCUCUACAAAGAAGCAACACUCACGCCUGGAAAGCAGGUAAGGUAUAGCGGCAGCCGAACUAUUCUAGGGGAGGGGAAUAGACUGCGCUGGAACGAGUUGAAACGAUAGAGAGUAUUGAAACGAUAGAGAGUAUUACUAGAGAGGACGUGGGGAAGAGGCGAAUGAAAGAGGAACUUCCUCUUCCGACUCACCCAAGGGAGGGAGAUGGCGUCGGUGGAGGCUCUGGUGUUAUUUCCACGGUGGAAGCGGCUCCUGGAAGACAAAGAGGAUGCCAAGAAGAACACUCUGAACAACAGAGAAUGAGAAGCAGCAUUAAAAUGCAAAACAAGGCAUCAAUCAAAUUUAUUUUCCACUUCCUUCGGAAAGUGUAAAAACUCUGCUCCUUUCUCAGCAAAUGAGAAACAAGGGAGAGAAUAACAAGGGCAGAGUUUUGAGCUGGAAAAAAAGACUGUGCAACUCAAGGAAACAUUACAUGAGAAGUCAAAGGAGAUAAUUUCCAAAGAAAGAACAAGUGGGAAAUACAUGGAAGUCAGUGGGAAGGAAAGGGUACUUUGGAUAGCCAAAAUGGGCAGGCAUUAAUGAAAGCCUUUGAGGAAAGAAAGAAUGGCUUGAAUCAAAGAACCACCAGCUAAGAGAUCAGAAAUAUUUUUGGCCUCCAAGAAUCCAAGAAUAUCAGUGUUGGAAAAACCGCACAGACUGCCUAUUGUGGGAAAAACACAGAUUGCAAAUUACAUCAUAAUUAUGCACAAGUGGAUCCACCCCUACAAAAGCAAUACAAAUGCUUGAAGUAUGGCAAAAGCUUUACUAAGAACAGGUCUCUCAUGAUUCAUGGAAGGACUCAGAUCGAAGAGAAACUCUACUAGUGCUCUCAUUGUGGCAAAAGAUUUAGCAUGCAAACCAAUCUGGUGAGACACAAGAGGACUCACCCUGGAGAUAAACCAUAUGAGUGUCUGUAUUGUGGGAAAAGUUUCCAGCAUAAUUCCAAGCUGGUGAUACACCAGAGAACUCACACGGGAGAGAAACCAUAUAAGUGUCUGUAUUGUGGAAAAAGUUUCAGUCAGAACUGCAACCUGGUGAAACACCAUAGAACUCAUACAGGAGAAAAACUAUAUGAGUGCGCUGAUUGUGGGAAAACUUUCAAGCAGAAUUCCAGCCGGCUUGUCCACCAGAGAACUCAUACAGGAGAGAAACCCUUUGAUUGUCCUGAUUGUGGGAAAAGUUUCAGUUAUAAUUCCAACCUUCUGAAACAUCGGAGGACCCACACAGGAGAUAAACCAUAUGAAUGUCCAGAUUGUGAGAAAGGUUUCAGUUGGAAUUCUGACUUGGUGAAACACCAGAAGACUCACAUGGGAGAAAAACCGUAUCAGUGCCUGGAUUGUGGGAAAAGUUUCAGUCGGAAUUCACACUUGGUGGAACACCAGAGAAUUCACACAGGAGAAAAACCAUAUGAGUGUCCUGAUUGUGGGAAAGGUUUCUCUAGGAAUUCCUACCUAGUGGUACACCAGAGAAAUCAUACAGGGGAAAAAGUAUAUGAGUGUCAAGUGUGUGGGAAAAAUUUCAGUUGGAAGUCUGAACUGGUGAAGCACCAGAAGACGCAUACAGGGGAGAAACCAUUUCAGUGUCUGGAUUGUGGUAAAAGUUUCUGUUGGAAUUCCGCCCUGGUGAUACACCAGAGGUCUCACACAGGAGAAAAACCAUAUGAGUGUGUCGAGUGUGGGAAAGGUUUCACUCGAAAUUCUGACUUGGUGAUACACCAGAGGACUCACACAGGAGAGAAACUGUACGAGUGUCCGGAUUGUGGAAAAAGUUUCAGUCAGAAUUCUCACCUGAUGUUACACCAGAGGACUCACACAGGAGAGAAACCAUAUGAGUGUAUGUAUUGUGGGAAAUGUUUCAGUCAUAAUUCCAACCGGGUGAAACACCAGAGAACUCACACGGGAGAGAAACUGUAUGAAUGUCUCGAGUGUGGGAAAAGUUUCAGUCAGAAUUCGUACCUGAUGAAACACCAGAGAAUUCACACAGGAGAAAAACCAUAUGAGUGUGUCGAGUGUGGGAAAUGUUUCUACCGGAAUUACGACUUGGUGAUACACUGGAGGACUCACACAGGAGAGAAACCUUAUGAGUGUCCGGAUUGUGGAAAAGAUUUUAGCAUUAGGUCUAACCUUAUCAAUCAUGUAAGGUUACACACAGGGGAGAAACCAUUCAAAUGCCCAGAUUGUGGACAGUGUUUCACACGGAAUUCCUCCCUUAUCGCACACAAGAAAUUCCACAUGAGUCAAAAUUUGAUGUGUGUAGAGGAAUCUUGAACCUUGCUUCUCAUCUCUCAUUGGGAACCCAGCUGAGAAAUUAAUCAUUUGAUUUCUUGCAUGAUUCCUUUUAGUAUCAGACAUGUGGAAGGAGAUCUGAGCUUCCUUUCUCUGGUCCAGCACAGUCAUUUCCUUUCAGAGAGUCAAGAGGAACUGCCGUGCUGGGCAGAGAAUAUGAGCUAGGAUCUGUAUUAGAUAUGUUUGCUGUCUUGGUUUAUUUCUACAUAUCAUAAAGGAGGAUAUAAAUAUGAAUGUAUGCAUUUUUAUUUAUUAAGAAUAUGUAUAUGGCAGCCCAACUCAUGAUGACAUGGUUAACAGUAAUGAAACCCAAUACAGAAACUAAUAAACCUCAAAUAUAGCAAAUGGUAAAGUUCAAA